AUGGCUGUGGAACUCAUGGGGUUCCCCCAAAUCGACGAUCAAAAGGCCAUCCAAGAGGCUGCAUCGGAAGGCCUCAAGGGGAUGGAGCACCUGAUCCGAGUCCUCUCCCACCAACCCUCUCACUUGAACACCGACCUCACCGACGUUACCGUCUCCAAGUUCAAGAAACUCAUCUCCCUCCUCAACCGAACUGGCCACGCCCGGUUCAGACGCGCUCCGGUUCACGCCUCUGAACCGGUUCAAUCCCCCGCGCCUCUUCAAACCCUCGCACCGCUUCACAAUUCCGCAUCCGCACCGGUCCAUCUUCCUCCUCCGCAAAACGCGAACCUCUCUCUGCCGGCGCUCUUCGCGUCGCCUGCGCCUGUUCACCACGCGCCGGGGAGCGUCACGCUCGACUUCACCAAGCCGCACAACGCGCUCAGGAGCUCGAAGGCGAAGUCCUUGGAGCUCGAGUUCUCGAAGGAGACAUUCAGCGUUUCCUCCAACUCCUCUUUCAUGUCCUCAGCCAUCACCGGCGACGGCAGCGUCUCCAACGGCAAGCUUUUCCUCCCGCCGCCGCCCCCUGCAACCUCAGGCGGUAAGCCGCCGGCGUUCAAGAAACGCUGCCUAGAACACCGCGAACACUCCGAUGACGUCUCCGGAUCCGGCAAGUGCCACUGCGUCAAGCGAAGGAAAAAUAGGGUGAAGAAGACUGUGAGAGUGCCGGCGAUAAGUUCGAAGAUCGCCGAUAUUCCGCCGGACGAAUACUCGUGGAGGAAGUACGGUCAAAAACCGAUCAAGGGUUCACCAUACCCUAGGGGCUAUUACAAGUGCAGCACGGUGAGAGGGUGUCCCGCGAGGAAACACGUGGAGCGUGCACCAGAUGAUCCGUCGAUGCUGAUAGUGACGUACGAGGGGGAGCACAGGCACGCGGUUCAGGGCGCGAUGCAGGAGAACGCAGCCGGAGUGGUGGGUUUGGUAUUCGAGUCAACGCAGAAAGUGGAAUAA